AGCUUGGGCUCAAAAGUGCAGGAAAACACCCGCGCCGGGCUCAGUGUGCAGCAGAGCUAUGUCGGGUUCUUUUGUGACGCGCGACGACGUUUCCUUGCGCUACCGGUCUUUGGGUGUUGGACGUCCCUUGGUCUUUCUCCCUGCUUGGUGCCAGCCUGCCGACCUUUAUGUGGAGUGCAUCGCACCGCUGGCAGCGGCAGGCUAUCGGUGCAUCACCCUGGACCACCGGGGGCAUGGAAAAUCUCAGGCACCUGGCUUUGGAUAUCGACUGAGCAGGUUGGCGAAGGACCUGCAGGAGCUGUUGGAAGACCUGGAUCUGAAAGAUGUGAUUUUGGCAGGCCACUCCAUGGGAUGCGCAGUGAUUUGGACCUAUUUGGACCUCUUUGGCCAGAGUAAUGUGUCCAGCCUGGUGCUGGUGGACCAGAUGGCAGUAGGCACCGUUUGCCCCAGCUGGUCCGAAGAGCAGAAGGCGUGCUAUGGUGCCAGUGCCACUGGAGAUGCUGUGAUGCAGCUGGUGUCUUCCAUCGCCGAUGAAGCCGAAGAUCCCAGGGCGACUUUUCUGGAGGACAUGUUUUCAGAGGAUUAUCCAGCAUCGCGGAAACAGAAAGCCGUCAUGGAUGCGCUGCAAGUGCCGCGCGAGGCUGCUGCCGCCUUGGUGCUCAGCACACUCACGGGUGACUUUCGAGAGGUCUUACCACGCAUCCGGGUGCCUAUGCUUUGUGUGGGAGCCGAAGAGAGUCACUUGAAGGGAGCCAUGCCAUGGAUCGCCUCGCAAAUUCCCGGUGCUAAGCUCACCAUGGCCAAAGGGCGUCACUUCAGCCUGGUGGAGGAGCCGGCUCGCUUUGCGGCGGACGUGCUCCAGUUUAUUCAGGACAUCUGAGCUCUCACAAGAUCAGUUUGUACAGAAUAAAUAUGGCAUCAAGCUUACUAAUGCUCUUUGCUCUUCCGUGUGAGCAGAGCAUUUGCUGCCAAGCUAAUCGUCCACCUGGAGCAUGCAAUGGAUGUAGAGUGCCCGACGCAUGUUCAGAGGCAAGGCCUUUAGCUGUUGUACAGCAACGGAAGUGAAGCCUUCCAGACCGUAAUUGUGAAGAUGAAGCAACUCUCAAUGCCUCACAAGAUGCA